AUACACUGCAGUAUCCAAAGAGCAACUAUGGGCAAUACAAUUACAAAGGAUAUUGUAAGGAGAGAUUUUGAAGAUUUAAAGAGAGAUUUGGAUGAAGGCAGUAUCCCUAAAGUGGCAGCAGAAUACAAAGAACAUUUAAAUAAAAUGAACAAUCUCCCCCUUAAUAUCGCAAUUACUGGACAUUCAGGAUCUGGUAAAUCCUCCUUUGUCAAUGCCUUCCGGGGUGUAAGUGAUGAUGAUCAUGAGGCAGCCAAGGUUGGGACAGUAGAAGAAACCAGGAAGCCAGAGGUAUAUCCUCACCCCUCUUUUCCCAAUAUAAAAUUAUGGGAUCUUCCAGGAAUUGGAACACCUCAAUUUCAGGCAAUGGAAUAUCUAAAGAAGGUCCAAUUUGAAAAAUAUGAUGUCUUUAUUAUUGUUACCUCCACUGACUUCACUGAAAACGAUGCUUUGCUGGCAAAGGAAAUACAAAGAAUGAGAAAUAAAUUUUACUUUGUGUGUACCAAAAUAGAUGCCACUAUAGAAGGUGAAAAGAGGAAAGGAAAUUUCAAUAUGGAGAAAACCCUGGAGACCCUAAGGAAUUAUUGGGAAAACAUUUUUAGAAGGGCAACUGAUUUCUCUGCAAGAGUAUUCCUGAUCUCCAGCUGGGAGGUGCACAUGUAUGAUUUCCCUCUCCUGAAAGAGACAAUGGCCGCUGAACUUCCUGACCACAAGAAGAAUAUUUUAACACUGGCUGUGCAUAUUUUCUCAAAAAAGGUAUUGAUGAAGAAAAAAGAGCUAAUGGAAUCCUAUAUAAAGAAGGUAGCUUGGUUAUCUUGCAUUUGUGGAGCGGUGCCUGUCCCGGGACUCUCUAUGACUUGUGAUAUUGUAAUUUUGGUAGAUACUCUGAAAUAUUUCUGCAAGGUGUUUGGCUUAGACGACCAGUCCCUUCGUUUUCUGGCAACUCAGACGGGAAAAGAAUUUAAAGAGCUGAAGUCAGCUAUCAAGAAAACCCCAUUAGGCAAUGUGAUCGAUGCAGAAUUGGUAUUUUCUCUCUUGAUGAGGUCAUCUGCUUGGGUAGCUGUGUCGGUUGUGGAACUGGCUCUUGAUUUUAUACCUGUUAUUGGGUCUGUGUUUGGUGGAGCAAGUUCAUAUGUUAUCACGUAUCGUUUUCUGAACAGCUUUCUUGAUGAUGCUUUGGAAGACGCCCAAAAUGUUCUAGCAAAAUUUCUUGAGUGAUCAGAGUCCCAGGGAAAGAUCCAAGAUAGCUCCAACCUCCCCUUUGAAAGAGGCAGUCAAACAUUUCAUCCAAAUGAAAGCAGGGGGAAGAACAUAAAAAUUAUGCUUCAAAUAUAAGAACUACCUACAGUAUUUGCUUGCUUCUUUUAAUUAUUCUCUGAUUGAAAUACAUGCUUGAUCACCCUAGGAGGAAAUAAAUAUCUUUGGGUGCAGAUUAUUCCAUGGGAAGGCAGAAAUUCUAUAUUUAUCUAUAUGGUUUGGUGGGUGGAUUUUCUUUUCUUGUUUCUUCUCUCUUUUUUUACCUGUUCUAUUUGUAACAAUUAUAAAUAAUAAAAGAGGGGAUGCUAUGGUAGUAAGUUGAAAAAAUUAUAAUUCUUUUUUUAAUGUUGAAAUGAAUGCAGUGUACUCUGCUUAUCUUAUUAUUGUUAUACUGUGCCUUGAUUGUAUAGCUUCAAUAAUUAUCUGUCAAUCUACAAUAUUCUUUUUGGAAUUAUAUAUCUUGUUGAAAUAAAAAAAAUUAAACAAAGUU